UUCACUUUAAGAGGCCGGCCUCUCAACAUCUCCCAGCUUCUACUUUUCUCUACCCCUUCCAUUUUCUUGUACUGCCCCCAUUUUUUGGUCAUCUUCUAGCUAGCUAGCUAGGUCUUGUCUGUUGGUAGCUACCUGGGUAUAAUCCACGAGUGCAAGCAACUUUGGGGACAUCAUGGAGUGGGGCAGGGGGAGGUCGACACCAUCCUCGUCGGGGUCAAGGAGAGGCAAGAGAGGCACCAGCGGCGGCAGCUCCGUCGACAAGCCGAGGCAGCCGCAGCGAGGCCUUGGCGUCGCCCAGCUGGAGAAGAUCAGGCUGCAGAGUGAAAUGGCCGAGUACCUGCACCACCCACCACUUGCCGGACAGCCACCUCCAUCCUCGAUCCAUGGAGCCGGUAGCUUCAACCUGCAGGAAGAUGCAUGGUCGUCAAACUCACUGUCGCCGCCAAAAUCCUCCUCCUUUCAUGCUAACAACAUCAACGUUCCAUCGGCCUACGCCAUCCAUCCAAAUCUUGCGAUGGCCUAUAAUGGAGGGAGAGCAGGAGACGUGAGAUACGGCGAAUCACCACCAACUACUCCCAUAAUCAGAUCGUCGCCGAAUUACCAUGGAUCAGCUAUCUAUGGAGUAGUACCACAUUACUCUCAUCCGACUAGCGACGCCACGUUGCCUCUCUUUGAGCCUGAGGUCUCCAUUGGCUUCAAGGGACUGCAUGACCUAAAUCACUCGCUGACGGUAGACCAAUGGUCGGAGAGUAUGAACUCAGAUGAUCCACAAGAUGUGGACCUUGAGCUCAAGCUAUGAUCCUAGUUAAUUAAAUUAAACACGUCCAGGAUCCCUAUCUUCAUUGCUGGUACAUGAACUUAAGAGCUUGCCGGGUGCUUAAUUAGUUUGUGUAAUGCAUGCAUAUAUUUGAGUGAUUGAUUUGGUGAUGCCGGCUAGCUAGUUAAUUUGUACAAAUGUAUAUGCAUCACGUUCCAAAAAAAGAGUUUGCACGAACGGCCAUUCAUUUCAAGAUUAAUGUUUCUAAUGCAGAAUCAGAGAGAGCUGCUGGUCUAACUAGGCUAAGUUGGUCUAACUAGGCUAAGCUGGUCUAGUAGGUAUAGAGCUCCCAUUGCCAUUUGCACCUAGCUAUUGUUGUAAUAUGAUAAUGAUGACAAGGAAUAUAUAUCUUGGUGGAGUACGUGUGCAUCCAUAUAAUUAAUUUGCCAUCUCUACAUGCAUGCAGCUGGGAAGCUUGCUAGCUUAUAUGGGUCUAACACGUGCUCUCGGAGGACUUCGAAUGUACGUGUAGUAUAGUAU